GGGAAACUUGUUCCAUUGUUACUGUUGUGUUUCUCAAGAGCAGGUGAAGGAGUUUGACUUCACUCUAUACAUUUAAUGCUCAUUGAUCAACAGCGAAUGACAACACGGAAAAAAAGGAUAACUUGCUCCAGAUGAUGGGAAUCUAUUCCGAUUUGUUAUUUUUGCUCGCUUUGACUCAGUAUGCUACAUGCCAGAAAGUCGCCGGCCAAUUAUCAAAUCCAACUCUCCAAGGUCCGGAAAAAGUUAAAUUAAAUGAAACGGAAACAAUUUCCUGCAUUGCGUCGAGUGAAAAGCUUUCAAUUCUGUAUAGUUUGUACCGAGGCAAAACACUCGUUCAAGUACAGAAUGUAUCAACAUCUGAACCAGCUAACUUCUCAGUAUCAUUUCACAGUCAGACUGAUGGAGGGACUUACAAAUGCAAAGUUGAAAGUGAUGAUGCCAUGCAAACAAAAUACAGUAACAGCAUCAACAUUAUUGUACUAGCUCCAGUGUUGGGAGUUAGUAUAACUUCAGUACCAGAUCCACCUGUCCUAAAAGUACAUGACAAACUGACUCUAAACUGUUUAGUAAAACAAGGCUCUGGAGUGACCUACCAAUGGUACUUUAAUAAACAGGAACUAUUAUCAAACUCUUCAGUCAAAAUAAACCAAUCCAGUCUAGUUAUUGAUCAUGUUGACCUCAAAGAUGCUGGUGACUAUCAAUGUAAAGCAAAUAACCAAUUCAAUAUGACAACAUUCAGUAUUGCCAGCAAUUCCACAGAAGUAAUUGUUAAAGUUCCAGCAUCGAAUCCUGAUAUCUUGGCAGAUGUAAACUUUGUGAAUAAGGAUGGCAUGUACCUAACUAUUAGAUGUUUAUCGCAUGAAGGAACCCUACCAAUAGUGUACACAUUGUAUAAAAAUACAAGCUUUGUGAACGACUACUAUGCAGAAAGCCAUAGAGAAGGUCAAUUUAUUGUAUUAGAAAGUUACACUGACAAACUGGGAACCUUCAAAUGCAAAGCUACGAAUGGAUUUGAACCAAAAUACAGCAAUGGACUGGAUGUAGAUUUGUCUGUUAAAUUGACCUCAAAUCCAGAUCCCCCAAUUCAGGGCUACCAAGUCACGCUGAAUUGCAGUAUAACUUACCAAACCACAGGAUUCUACACCUGGUACUUUGUGCAUUCAGAAAAUAAUUCAACUGAAAGUACAAAACAGAAUCAAUUCACUCACAUUGCAAGCCAUCCUGGAAGAUAUUACUGCUCAAUUAAUGGACAAACUAGCAACUGGAUUCAAGUUCUGGGUCAAGAUUCCAGUUUCCAAACAGUGACCGUUGCUGUCAGUGUAGCAGUCACAAUGCUGCUGAUUUUGGUUCUCGGAUUGAUUUGCUAUUGCAUUUCUCAGAAAGCCCACAGAUGCAACAUUGACUAAAUCCUAAGGACAUGUUUCUGGCCACAAUUUCUUCAAUUGCAAGACAAUCUGAUUCAAGAAACAACAUUGCCAUCAUUGUCUAUGUCUCAUUGAGAGUCAGACAGCAAGGGUCCUGUUGAAACAGUCUCUGCUCCUUGAUAACUCUCUUCUUCCUCAGAGAUUGAUGAAUCAGCUCCUUGAAGCUUUUAUCAAGAAGUCCUAUUGAAAAUCUACUGAAGUCCUUCUCAGGUGACAAUCAAAACUGGAAUGUGAACUCAUAAAAUAAUGGUCUUGAAUCCUGCAUCAUGAUGCUAAAUUAUUUAAAGAAAUAGUAUUCAUUGUGCAGAGGUGUAAGGUUGUACUUUAAGUUUUCAGAUGUUAUACAUUGCCAACAGUCACGUGUAAGAAAAUGCUUUAAAACUGACCUGCACUCAUUUCCUGCUGUGCCUCCAUAAAGUUGUAUAUGCAAAGGAGCUAAAAGUCUUAUCUUGAGAUUAGUUUGCUUUCCAAUAUUUAUGUAAAACUAAUUACGAUUAGUUAAGAAAAUUUGAAAAUAAAUUAGUCCUCAUCCCCCAACUCUCCAAUUUUAUUUUCAAACUGUGUAUGUUUGGAGCAACUAUUAAGUUUUUGAAUAAAAUGCAAACUGAGCUACAGGAAAAGCAGGUUAGGAUCACAAAGGCGAAAGAAGGAAUGAAGAAGGAACAUGAUGAGGAAAAUAUGCUGAAGAAACACACCAGUGUAGUAAACCAUUUAAUUUUACGUGUUUAUUAUUAAAACCUUGUGAAUAAAUUACAUCUGGCAUAGGCACAUGUGUCAAAUGUACAUGUUCUGUGUGAAAAUAUUCUAUGAUUUUAUAACUUAGAAAUUAACAUCUAUUUUUAUUCAAUUAUGAUUUUAAAAAGUAAAGCAAAGAAUAUAUAACCUUCUGGGCUUUGUAAUACGGAGAAAGCGCCUGUAAAUCCUAAAGAAUGAAUGUUGGGCUUUAUUCUGCUUUUGGAUUUAUAUUAAGCUUUAAUUUUAGAUUGUCCUUUAGAGUUAAACAUUAAUUAUACCUAAAUCAAAAAGGAAUUGGUUCUGAUCUUUGUUUAGCAUGGAUUUUUUUCUGUUUUGGGUUCGAACUGUUACCAUGUUGAUUUUCAUCUCGUUUAGCUGAAGUUUCAGCAGUAGUGUAGUUGCAAUUGGAUAAACACUCAUUGCAGUGAGAUCUCUUUUUGUCCUACCCAUAGCAGACGGUUCAGA